AUGCCUCUCGUCGCCGGGGUGGUGGUCCUCCUCUCCAGCCUCUUCUUAGGAAUACCCAUGGUCGUAUCCGCAGAGCAACAGACACCCUUUCAGCCAUCGUCCCCUCGUCAAUCGAACCACCACAGUCACAACCACAACCUGUCGAUUCCCUCCAUCGGGCUGGGCCUCUGGAACUCCAAGGGCGAUGACGCAGCCCACGCCGUCACAUACGCCUUUGACGCCGGCUACAAGCACUUGGACUCUGCCGCAGCCUACGGCAACGAAGAGUACGUCGGCCGGUCUCUGUCCCCUUCGUCCAAACACUCCCACUCCCCGCCCCCGCCGCGCCACAAGUACUGGGUGACCAGCAAGCUGUGGAACGACGCACACAGGCCGAGCCUCGUCGCGGCGGCCCUCGACAAGACGCUCUCCGACCUCUCCAUCGCAUACCUGGACCUCUACCUGAUGCACUGGCCCGUGGCGUUCCUGCCGGACCAGGCGCCCGGCCGGACCGUCGUCGACCAGGACACGACGAUUCUCGACACGUGGCGCGCCAUGGAGGACCUCGUCCGCGCGAACAAGACGCGGUACGUCGGCGUGAGCAACUUCUCGCCGCGCCAGCUCGACCAGGUCCUGAAGCACUGCGACAUCUGCCCGUACGCCCACGAGUUCGAGACCCACCCUUACCUCCAGCAGCAGGACUUUGUCGACUGGCACGCCGACAACAACAUCACCGUCAUCGCCUACAGCCCGCUGGCGAACAUGAACCCGACCUACAAGGACAAAUACCCCAAGCUGGACCCCCUGCUGGAAGAUGACUUUUGGAAGGGCCUGGCGAGUAAGAAAAACUGCACCGUGGCACAGGCCGUUCUUGCAUGGGGCAUCCAGAGAGGCACCGUGGUGAUUCCAAAGUCGGUGCACGAGGAGAGAAUCAUUGAGAAUCUUGGAAGUUUAAAUGUGACCUUCUCAAAGGACGAGAUGAGGGAAAUCCAGACCCAAGACAAGAGGUCGAGGUUCAACAAUCCCUCAAAAGGCUGGGGAGUGGAAUUAUUCGAAGGCCUGGAUGAUGGCUCCAAUAGGUUUUUGGCUACCAAAUAUGAUUUGCGAUGA